CUUCUUCCGAAGUUUCGACCAUCGACAAAGAACUCACUUCCUGCUUACCCCGCUUCCAUCGCACGUAACACUUCCUCAAUGGCUCUGGCGUGCCCAGGUCCACUUCGAUUCCUAUCCGCCAUGACAACACACGCCCCGAUGCCUCUGAUUCGCAUUGCCAAUGCCGGCAAAGUCCACCCUUUUGGCGACGAGCGCACAGUACACCAAGCGUUUCCCGCCGGGAUUCCGUCCGACGAAAGUGAUCCGUUCCUCAUGUGUGACAACUUUGCGUUCGAAUCGGAAGGGAUCUCGUCCGACAAGGAUGACUUUCCCAUUGGGUGGCACCCCCAUCGAGGCAUGGACAUUCUCACGUACAUCAAGACAGGCGUUGGUCGCCACGGCGAUUCCAUGGGAAAUCGCGAAACGUUCUCGACUCCAGGGAUGCAAUGGAUCAGCUGUGGAAGCGGCAUCGAGCAUGCUGAGGGUGGAGCAACGCCUGUGGGAGAAGUGGAAAAGGGAUUUCAAAUCUGGCUGAAUGUGCCUGCGGCGAAGAAGAUGGACGACCCGGCCUAUGGGACCGAGCCGACAUCGUCGAUUCCCACGGUCGAACUGGCCGAUGGUGUCCAAGCACGACUCCUGGCAGGCCCAUUUCUCGAUGGCCGAACCGGCGCGUUCAAGGCCGUGCAGCCGGUUCAAAUGGUCGAUUUCGAACUGGAACCUGGAAGCAAGCAGUCGUACUCUAUCCCGAGCGGCUUUGAUACGUGCAUGCUGUACGUGUACGAAGGCAGUGGUCGCGUGGGAAACAAGGCCACAGGGCCAAACCAGAUCGCGCUCUUCGACGCUACGUCGGACAAUACGCGCGGCUUUGAGUUGUCUGCAGGGUCGACCAAAGUGGCCGCCAUGCUCUUCACAGGCAAAAAGCUCAACGAACCUCUCGCGUGGCACGGCCCGAUCGUGAUGAACACGCGGCGCCAGAUCCAAGAUACGUUCGACGAGUUGCGACAGGGGAAAUUUCCCCCCAAGCGCGUGCCGUGGGACUACAAAGACCUCUCCGCAUUUCCCAAAGAUAAAGUCCCCAAGGCGUAAGGUCGCACCCUGUGCAGCAUAUCAAUCCAUCGUGUUUAGUCGCUCA